CAGUUAUGCAUCUUGAUUGAUAUUAUAACAUAUCAUAACUCUUACCUUAUCUUUUUUGUUAUAAAAAUUUUCUUAGUGCAAUAUUGAGUAUUUGUAGCUUUCUGUGGGAUGGAUUGUACCCCCAUCAAUCAUCAAAACGUUGAAAUCAAGGAAGAACCGUUUAAUCCUGUUACAGAUGUUCAGCUAAAGAUAGAAAGUGGUAACAGUGAAGUCCAUCAUGAAAGUUCAGAUGUCUUAGAUAUUCACGAACAAUUUAUUGAUGAAAAUGGUGUAUACGAUAGGAAAGAAUAUGUUCUUAAAAGUGAUAGUGAUUUAGGACAAAUUGAACAUGUCACGAAACAUGUGAGCAGUUCAACUCAUUCAGAUACUGAUAUCGAUUCGAGUCAAGAUGAGAUUUUUCCAAAUAAUUCAUGUUCCGAUGAUAGGAUAAGGAACCUACACAAAUGCGACAAGUGCAAUGUAGUUUUCAAAAUUAAAAGUAAACUGAAACGACAUAUUCAAAGUGUUCAUUUGAAUCUCAGGCGUUACAAGUGCGAAUCUUGCAGCUAUGCCGCCUAUGACAAGGGGAAUCUAAGCAGACAUGUCAAAUCUGUUCAUUCAAUCAAGAGACAAUAUAAAUGUCCCCAGUGUUCUUUCACUACAAAACUGGAAACUUGCCUGGAAACUCACAUAGAUUCUGUUCAUUUGAAAUUGAAACAUUAUAAAUGCAAAUUCUGCGAUUAUGAGACCAAUAUCAAAUCGAUCCUCAAAAUGCAUACAAAUGCUGUUCACCUGAAUUUGAGGCAGUUCAAGUGUCAGUUUUGCGAUUAUGCCGCUUCGCGAAAAACCCAAUUGAAGUACCACAUCGAUGGCAUCCAUUUGCAAUUGAAACAGUAUAAAUGUCACCUUUGUGAAUAUGUUGGAAACACACCUUCGGUCCUAAAGAGACAUAUAAAUAACGUUCAUCUGAACUUGAAGCCACACAAAUGUCAGAUGUGCCAAUUUGCAGCCAACCAGAAAUCGGAUCUAGGUAUACAUGUGAAAUCUGUUCAUUCCAAAGGGAAACAAUUAAAGUGUCACUUGCGUGGACUGACUACUAAUUAAAAACAUGCUCUUGAAAAACAUACUCUAGUUGAACAUUUGAAUCAGUGAUGCAUAGUUAUUUUUCCCAGAAUUUCUUAAAUUUUUUUCCUGUUAGGAAUAAAUAAGAAUUUCAUCAAA